UUUUGGCAGUGUCUUCAGUGAUCGAUGCGAGCAUCAAACUUCGAAGAAUUAGAAUUCUGAGCAUUCCGAUAUCCCGUAUCGCACGAUGAUCCUGGACUUGCGAAGUGAUACGGUCACGAGACCGAGUCAAGUAAUGCGUCAAAGGAUGUCUGAAGCUGAAGUCGGCGAUGACGUGUUCGGCGAUGAUCCCACGAUCAAGAAACUCGAGAGAAAAGUUGCUGAAAUACUGGGAAUGGAAGCCGGUUUGUUUGUGCCGAGUGGAACGAUGGGAAAUUUAUUGGCAGUGAUGACGCAUUGCUGUUCCAGAGGAUCUGAAGUUAUUUUGGGGGACAAGUCGCACAUAUUUCUGUACGAACAAGGCGGUUAUGCUCAGUUUGGCGGAGUUUCAACGAAGACCGUAGAAACACUACCGGAUGGAACUUUCUCUUUGAAGGAGCUGGUAUCGAAAUUCAGCGGAAGUAAAAGCCAUUGUGCCACGACUUCUCUCAUUUGCAUUGAAAACACUAGCAAUUUCGUCGGAGGUCGGGUUUUACCUGUGGAGUUCAUCGAUUCGGUUGUCGAGUUGGCAAAUACGAGAAACUUGCCUGUGCACGUGGACGGGGCCCGUUUAUUCAACGCUGCUGUUAGUUCGGGUUUUCCGCCCUCACGACUGGUUAAAGGUUGUGCCUCUUGCAACAUUUGCUUGAGCAAAGGUCUCGGUGCACCGAUUGGUUCCGUGUUGGUCGGAAAAGAAGAUUUCAUUGCAAGGGCGAGAAGGACUAGAAAAGCCCUGGGGGGAGGUAUGAGGCAAGUGGGUAUUCUCGGCGCUGCUGGGCUUGUGGCACUGGAAAAUAUUCAACGCCUGCAUGAAGAUCACGCCAAUGCAAAGAAAUUCGCCGAAGAAUUGAAUAAUUUAAACAGUGCGAAAAUCGAAACUGACGUCAAGGUUCUGGAAAGCAACAUAGGACUGCUCAAGCUCAACGAAAUAUCUCCGACUAUUUUUUGCCAACGACUGGGAGAGGUUUCCGAAGAAGAAAUCUCGGAGUUGGGAGAGGAAAUCAGAGUUCUGAUGUGCCCGUUGGACUCCCGAAGAGUUCGAUUCGUCUUCCACUUGGAUGUUUCUGCUCAAAACAUUCCACUGAGUUUUGAUGAUCGGCAUUGUUGGAAAAAGUUUCCGUGGUAUCGCAGUAAAACUUCCUUGGUUUUCGACGUCAUCUAACUCGAGAAAGAUGCUGAUCGAUUUGCGAAGCGAUACCGUCACGAGGCCGAGUCAGGUGAUGCGGCAGAGGAUAGCCGAAGCAGAAGUUGGAGAUGACGUGUUCGGAGAUGAUCCUACCAUUAAGAAGCUAGAAGGUCGAGUUGCGGAAAUCCUCGGAAUGGAAGCUGGCUUGUAUGUUCCUAGUGGGACGAUGGGAAAUUUAUUGGCUGUAAUGACCCAUUGCUGUUCUCGAGGAGCGGAAGUCAUACUUGGUGACAAGUCUCACAUCUAUCUCUAUGAGCAGGGUGGAUAUGCUCAGCUUGGAGGAGUGUCCUGUAAAGCCAUGAAAACAUUGCCGAACGGAACGUUUUCCUUGGAAGAAUUCGAAGCGAACAUCAGCGAAGACGAUUUACACUGCGCAACAACUAAGCUGGUGUGCAUUGAGAAUACGUGCAAUUACGUUGGGGGUCGAGCCUUGCCACUGGAUUGGAUCGACGCACUCGUUGCUUCGGCGGAGAAACGGAAGGUGCCUGUCCACGUGGACGGAGCCCGAUUAUUCAACGCAGCUGUGAGUUCCGGCGUACCGGCAUCGCGUUUGCUCCGAGGUUGCGCGUCGUGCAACAUUUGUCUGAGUAAAGGCCUUGGUGCACCGAUUGGCUCUGUAUUGGUUGGAGGAGCCGACUUCAUCGCGAGAGCGAGAAGGACGAGGAAAGCUGUGGGAGGAGCGAUGAGGCAAGUUGGCAUUCUCGGUGCUGCUGGACUUGUGGCCUUGGAUAAUGUCCAACGAUUGCAUGAAGAUCACGAAAAUGCGAAAAUAUUCGCCAACGGAUUGGUUCAAUUGAAGUGCAAGAAGAUUGAAAUUGAUCCUAGUCUCUUGGAUAGCAACAUCGGAUUAUUCAAGCUGAACGGAAUCACCCCAACCGAUUUUUGUAGACGACUGGAAGAGGUCACGGAAGAAGAAUCGGAUGUUCUUGGAGAAGAAAUCAAAGUCCUGAUGGGUCCAUGGGACGUGGAUACUGUUCGCUUUUGCAAUGUAUUUGAGUAUGACAAUAUUGAGGAAAUUGUAGAUUGCUACACUUGCGAUGGAAUCCAGCCGAGACGCGAAAUGUGCUGUUUGGGCGGAAAAUUGGCAACUUUUCACCUGUACGCUCCGGAAUAUUUUCUUCCAGCAUGCGUCACGGAGUAUGAGAAUGGUACGAUCACGGCGAGGAGAGCUACGGAGUUGCCCCUGUUCAAGGCUGAGUUGAUGAAUUCUUGUGAAGACGGGGAAUCCUUGUGCUACUGCGACUCUCCGGGGUGCAACAAUGAUGCAAACUGUGAUUCUUUCAUCACGUCCUCAACAUCCACGACAGAGGCUAUUCCCACGACGGAGGACAUCGUUACAACCCAAGACCCUCCUACAGAGCCGCCAGCAGGGUUACAGUGUCCGAAAAGGAACGACGUUGUUCUUGCCGCAAAGAAAUACAAUUUAAAGCCUACCGAACCAGGUCAGGUAUUCAGCACCAGAUGCAAAACAAGGUUUCCUAACGGAGAGCAUACUGGAUCAGACGAUGGUUUCAGCGAUUGGCAGUGUCUGGAAAGCUCAGUGUGGGAUUUGGAAACGCCAAACUUCAGUGACUGCUGGGACGUCAAUUAUACGAUGCAUGAGAACAACUUGUGGAGUAUGAACGGAUCUGUUGCUGAGAUGGUUCAAGUCCUGCGGCAUCUGACGACAGACUUGGACGAGCAACAGAACACAACUGUCGGCGGUGACGUGAUCCGUGCGGCGAGUUUUGCAGGCAGUGCAUUGAAGUUGUGGACAUCACUUCCUGGCACGAACAUCACUUUUCGAGAUGAGGAAUCUUUUCUGAGGGAGUACGUGAGGAUUUUUGACCAGAUGGGUGAUAUGACGGUGGGAUGGAGGACCUGUGGUGGAAAUGCUGCUAAUGUCGAGCUGUUGCGUGGCAUUAUUGGUGACAUCUUCACUGCUGCCUUCAGCAUGAAUGACGAUGUAUUUUGGAACGAGGACUCGCACGAAUUGCAAUUUUCUUUCAUCAAGCUGGUCACAAGCGCCUUGCCUAAGGGAAGUAGCAUUGGAGCCUCUCAAUCUAAGCCUUUCAAAUACCGAGACUCAAGUUUAAUUGUUCAGUUGACAAAUGAUGACGCAUCAAAUGUAGACAUUCGGUUGACUGUUGUGGGAGUCCAAAAACUCCAUCAGUUCAUUCAACCAAUGAUUCGAAAACCAACGCGAGAUGAUGGGGAUAAUGCUACGAGUUGGUCAGCGGUGUCGAUUGCCAUGGGAGCCCAAGUGGAUCCCGGCCGUUCCCUCGUUUCCGAAAAUUCAACAAUUUCUGUGAGACUGAGGACAAUUUGCACGAGUUUGCCAAGUGACACGUCUGCCCGGUGCUUUGGCAUGGAAAACUCGGAGGACAGUGGUCAGUGGACUGAUGAGUUUUGCGAAGUGGAGGAUGUCGAUUCGGCGUUUUUGACGUGCAAAUGCAAGAUUAAUAAGGUCCUCAUGGUCAUGGCUGCUGUUCCAGGCCGUCCCGAAGACCAUUGCAUAAUUACAUCAGAUGUGUUGAAAGACCUGGACGCAGUGGUGAUUCCUGGGUACGCCGUGGCUGGAACCCUGUGCAUUUUGACCUGUUUUGUUGUGCUGUUCAAACAUCCUGCCAUUUUCAAGUGUUGCAAACUGACACGAACGAAUUUCCUGUUCUGCUACGGCUUGCUCAUGUUUGCCAUGCUUUUGGGAACCAAAGUUGGCGACAAAGACAGCGUUGCAUGUUCCGUCACUGGAGGAGUCGCUUUUUACCUGCUGCUUGCAUCAGUGUCGUGGCUUCUCAUGGAGAGCAUGUGUGUGUCCCUCCUGCUGAUUCCGGCAAUGGAAUUCUGUGAAGGGAUGCUGAACAUCAGCUCAGGGCGGAGAAUGUUGUCCAUCAGUUUACUCUGUUAUGGCCUACCGGCUGUCUGGAUUGGAAUCACAGCUGUUGCGACCAAAGUUGAUGAGUUCAAGACACCCGAAUACUGCUUCUUGGAUCUGCAUACGGCAUCAGUAUGGAGUCUGAUCGUACACCACACAUUGGCAUACUUGAUCAUGAUGAUUGUCGGGUUGGUGACGAUGAUUCGGAAACGUCGGGCAAAGCAGUGGGAAUGCGCCGUGGCUGCAAAUUCGCGGGCAACGACGGUGGAUCCGAUCAAUUUCUUGAACCGCGCGGCUUUCCAAAGCAUGUUUCUCGCCCUGUUCACGCUGGUCUCUUGGAUGUGCGCCUGUUACUAUUUAAGCAAAGGUUCCAAGGCAGCUGCUGUAGCUUUCACAGUUUUUAAUUGCGCUGAAGGAAUCUUGUUGGCUGUAUUUUGUCUGCUGGAAUUCCGAAAAACCCGAAGCUCCCCGACUCUCGAGCAGAUGGUGAAUGAGAUGAGAAACGAUCCAAGUGGUUUGGAUGGGUCAGGGGAGACUCUGCGAGCUUCACAGGAUGGAACAGCUGCAUGUUCGAAUCACAUGAUGAAUAACGCACACAUGAUCCCCAGGGCUCAAGUUCAAUCAUUGAGACAGAGAAAUACAAAUUCAGCCAUUCCAUUUGACGGCGAGUCCCAAUCUCAAUUGAAUGACAGGAACUACUACAUUCCGGAUUCUCCGAUUGAUGAACAUGUCAUCAUGGAACGACGUCUUUAAGAAUUUCGGGCCCACAAAGCUGAUUUGUGAGAAUUUGCCACCGUUUGCGCCUAUAAUGGAAAAUCGCAAUAAAGAACUUGGUCGGCCCAUCGUCUUUCAUUCGUCUUCUGACUUUAAUUCUUUAAUUUCAAUUCAGUGGAAGAGGAUGAUGCAUUUAAGCAACAUCCUCGAUUUGACCCAAUCCUGAGCCAGCUUUCAUAGUACUGUACACUUUUCUAUGACGUUGUAUCUGAUAAUCAGUCCUCAAAGCCGAUUUUUUAUGUUAACGGCCUCAUAUUCGCGAGAUGACCAAUUUGUUUUAAUUUCCUUUUUUUUUUCGAAAGAGCAGAUUCCGCGAUAUUAUAAUUUCCAGCGAUCGGGAGGGAAGUGAUCCAUCUUGAACCUUUUGCGCAUGAAGAAAACUUUCUGCUUAAAAAAUAAAAUA